AUGUCAAGUAACUCUCAGGAUCAAUCAUAUUAUUCAUAUAUAAUAAGAUUCCUUGAUAGUGAUUUACCAACUGUCAACUCGAGUAUCAAAGAUUUCCUAUUAAAAGAUGGAGCCAUACAGAUUCUGAUACAUUUCAUUACACAAAACUUUCCUCCUCAUAUAAAGAGAGAAGAUAGUUCAAAGAGUAGUAGUACUGGUGCUCUUAGUACAAGUAGUAAUAGUGUAUUUAGUAAUAGUAGUAAUGGUAGUGGUAGCAGUAGUAAUGGUAAAUCACCACUUGGAGGUAGUACUGGAAGUAUGCCAAAUAAUACAACUCCAAUGACUACUACUACUUCUACUUCUACUUCUGCUUCUACUUCUACUAGUACAACAUCUACAUCUACAACUUCAACUGGUAGUCUUGGUACAUUAUUUCAAAAUGGAGCAAACAACAAUCGAUCAAGUCUAACAUUGGCAAUUGAUCCAAACAUUCCACCAGAGAUUGUUCGAUCCUAUAAAGUAAUGGAUUUGUUUGUUCAUCCAACUCCUCCAUUUAUUUCAUUGGCAAAGGAAAAGUUACCUCUUAUUGUAAAUACAUUGUUUGGAAUAUUUAAAUGUAAACAUAUUAUUCAAAGCAAAAUAGAGACAAGUGUAGAGACUACAAACUUUGAGACCAAAGGAAAUAUAUAUCAUUUUUGCAAGGUGAUUCAAUGUCUCUUUUCACAAUACACCUUUUACACGAUAGAGGUUUUAUCCGAGAUUUAUCCUCCCGCUCAAAAAACCUAUUUCCAAGUGCUCAUUGAAAAUAUGCAUUUCCAACCAAUCCAAGAUCUUCUCAUUGUCAUUUCAAAACGUGCCUCGAGAAGUGUAAACGAGUACCAAACAACUAAUCCAAUGGAUACUAAAAAGAUUCAAAAAGGUUUACUCAAAUCAAAAUUUUAUCAAAAUGUUUCAAAUUAUUUUAUUCAUUCAACUUUAAAAAUAGAUAUUGAUUCAAAUUAUAUAGUAUUAGAAGGUAGUACAGAUUUUAUGAUUAGAUGUAUUGAGGAGAUGAAUAUUUAUGGACCCGAUAUUGGGGUAGGAUUUUGUUUUUUCCAAAGUAAAGAUUUUGGUGAACAUUUAAACAAGGUGUUGGCCAAUGAAGGAGGUAAAAAAUCAUCUGGUUAUAGUUUUGAACAUCGUUAUAUGGCACUCCGCAUCAUAAACACCAUGAUCAAUAGAAGCAUCGAGCAUUCCAACAACAACACUUUUCAGGCUGAAAAGGAUUCCAUCUUUUCAUCGGGUGGAACCACUCUUUGGCUUCAAUAUUUUAGUACAAUCCAUAUGAAUUCCGUGUGUAAACUUUUAUUAGACAUGGCAGUGGAUCCCAAUUUCAAAAAAACUCUCACCUCUUUUAGAGUCGAAGCUCUUACACUUUUGAUCGACAUGAUCAAACAAAGAGGUUUAAAGAAAAAAAUAACUUCUCAAGCUUAUAUCUCACCUGAAUUAUGGACUCAUCUUGUUGAUUGGUUUUUCCAAUUUAAUAAUAUUUAUCAUUCAAAAUUUUAUGGUUUAAUAGUUGAAUUGUUUUUACAAAAUCAUUCAACUUCUAUUAAAUAUUUUUGUACUCAUCAUUUAAAAAAGUUUAUUCAAUGUUAUUCUGAAACUCAAAAUAAUGAAUAUAAAGGAAUAAUAUUAUUAAUGUUGAAUUAUAUAAGAUUAAGUUCAGAUUCACAAUCAUCAUCACAAUAUUUACCAACAUUCCUUAAAGGAUAUGAAGUGUGGACAAAGUUUUUACCAUGUUUAUUAUUGGAUACUUUUAAGCAAUAUCAUUCAAUGUCUGUUUCAAAAUUAGGUUCAAUCCUUCCAAAUAUCGACAAUUUUAGUUUAUCAAAUAUAUUAUCACAAGAUUUAUCUCCAAUUAAUCUUGGUUCUGAAUUUGCCGAAUCAAUUGGAUUUGAAGAUGAAAACAAAAAGAUGGAACAUUUGAAUGCACUUUUAUCUCAAAGUCAAAUCUUUAUGAUUGAUGAAUUAAAUAAUGAUUCACCACCACCAACUCAAAAUAGUAAUAAUAACAACUCUAGUCCAAAACUUUUGAUUCAAGAUUAA